CGUAGUCUACCUUUUAAACUGUCCGUCCACUCGCUAUAAAACAAAUCAAAUCUCCACAAACAGAAACAAACAAAAUAUGAUAUAAUACAAAUAUUUAGUUUAGAGUUAAGCUGCAGCUAUUUUACCGGUCACAAGUUGUCCCAUAACAAUUUAGGAUGAGGUCAGACUGGGCCCGCCUCCAACUUCUACGUGUUCGUCCUUCUGGCGCAGAGAGCUCUGGGAAACCGAGUCCACGCUCUAAAUAAUUCAAGCCCCCAUUCCCUUCUCCUCCAACGCUAACAAGAUGCCGGCCGUACAUCACAAACUGCUCCUGGAGGACGCUUUGCAGGACAGUCCUCAGACUCGCUCCCUGCUCAGUGUGUUUGAGGAAGAUGCUGGGAUGCUUACAGACUACACCAACAAGCUACUACAAUCGAUGCAACGGGUGUUUGGAGCUCAGAGUGAGAUGGGAUUGGCCACAGAGCAGCUCUCGCAGCAACUUCUGGAUUAUGAGAAGAAAAAUUUUGCUCUUGGAAAAGGUGAUGAAGAGGUAAUCACCACGCUGCAGAGCUUCGCCAAAACUGUAGGGGAGCUGAACUCGCUCCACUCUGAGCUGGCCAACCAGAUGGCUGACAGCAUGGUCUUCCCCUUGAUCCAAUUCCGAGAGAAGGACCUCACAGAGAUAAGCACACUGAAGGAAAUAUUCGGUAUCGCCACUGAUGAGCAUGAGGCAGCUAUGGUCAAGUACAGCCGAUUGCCCAAGAAGAAGGAGAACGAGAAGCUGAAGGCAGACAUGGUGAAGGAGGUGGCUUACACCAGAAGGAAGCAGCACCAGGCCUCACUGCAGUAUUACUGCGCACUCAAUGCCCUGCAGUAUCGCAAGAGAGUAGCUAUGCUUGAACCCAUGUUAGGCUACACACAGGCACAGAUCAGCUUCUUCAAGAAAGGCAUUGAGCUGGUGUCAAAGAAGAUGGAUAACUUUCUCUCCUCUGUGUCCAACAUGACACAAAGUAUCCAGGCCCAGCUGGACGCGGAGGCGGAGGCCAUGCGCCUGUCUCAGAGGGAGCUUCUGUCUGUGGAGGACACUGUCUACAUGCCAGAUAAGGACACUGAGCCUGUCAAUCGCACGCUUAUCCAGAAGGCUGGCUACCUCAACAUUAGGAAUAAAACGGGCCUGGUGACCACAGCCUGGGACCGACUGUACUUCUUCACCCAGGGAGGGAACCUCAUGUGCCAGCCACGCGGGGCGGUGGCAGGGGGCAUGGUGCUGGACCUGGACAACAGCUCCGUCAUGGCUGUGGAGUGCGAGGACAGACGCUACUGUUUUCAGAUAAUGUCCCCCUCUGGCAAAACGUCUAUGAUUCUGCAAGCUGAGAGCAAAAAGGAAUAUGAAGAGUGGAUUUGCACAGUGAACAACAUCUCCAGACAGAUCUACCUGACUGACAACCCAGAGGCUGUGGCCAUUCGACUGAACCAAACCGCCAUCCAGGCUGUCACCCCCAUCACCAGCUUUGAGAAGAGACAAGAAGGCUCCCCCAACCCUGACAGAGCAAAGCCUGGAGGUGUACACGCUACCAGCAGUGGUUCCCAGAAGACAGGGGCUGCUCCUGAACCAGAGGACCUGAUAGCCCCUGGGACGCCCAUUCAGUUUGACAUCAUGCUGCCAGCAUCUGAGUUUCAAGAUCAGAACAGAGCCGGAGGGAGACGCACAAAUCCGUUUGGAGAAACAGACGAUGAUUGUUCAACAGAAAGUGACGACUCCCUCCUGCAGCAGGUAUUCGCCGUGCGCUUCCUGGGCUCCAUGGCAGUUCGCUGUGGCGACAAUCAGGAGGUGAUCUAUGAGGCCAUGAGGCAGGUGCUGGCUGCCCGAGCCAUCCACAACAUCUUUAGGACCACCGAGUCCCACCUCAUGGUCACCAGCAGUAGCCUCAGGUUGAUUGACCCUCAAACUCAAGUUACAAGAAUAAGUUUCCAGCUUGGAGAGGUAUGUCAGUUUGCAGCUCACCAAGAGAACGGCAGGCUGAUGGGAUUUGUGGUUGAGGGCAGAGACUGGAGCGACGGAGAUGAGGAGGGAGAGCCCUCGUUUAGCGCCUUCGUCUUUGAGAGCAACACGGAGGGCGAAAAGAUAUGUUACACCAUCAGCUUGGCGAAGGACAUCACUGAAGCCAAGAAGGACCCUGAGGCCCUGGCACAGCUGAUGAAGAACAUGCCACUUACCAAUGAUGGCAAGUUCCUGCUGCUGGAGCCUGAGACGGGAGACAUGACCAAUGGGGCAGGACAAGAAGACCUGGAGUCUGAGGCCUAGUACCAGUCAGGACCCCCCCUCCCCCCAGAAAAAAAAAAAAACACCACCAAGACCACAGUCCAACUUUUACCCAGGAGAGAAGGCUUUCCUUGGAUGCUUUCAUCGUGACCCCUCGAGCCCUAACUCUGGUACCGUAACACCCAUAUUAGAGUGUAGUUCACUUCCACUCACCUUGUUACUAGAUCUCCAGUUUGCUGUGAUAAAAGAAGAAAACAUCGGCAGGGCGGGUUCUGGAUCCUCCAUUAGAUCUACGUUUCCGCGGCCCAACUGUAGCAUGAGUCUCCGGAUUUGGAGUUUAGUCUUUUUAGUCUCUGUUUUUACACCACUGUGGGCGGUACUCGCAUCAAAAGGGACACUCAUCUAAAGGUACUGACUUGAGUUUCAUUGUCUUCUAAUAUCCCCAGCCAUUUAAGUGAAGGUGGUGAAUCAUUUGCUGCGGUUUAGGUUUACGUUUAUUUUAGGUUUACAUAGUUUGAAGACUGUUUGGAGAGUUUAUUCCUGUACUUUGUUUCACACGUUAACUCGUAUGUAAGACUCUCAUGCAACUAUUUUUUAUUAGCCAUGUACAAAAAAAGUUAUUGCACUUCCAAGGUUUAUAUCUGUUUAUUAAUAACACUUAAUGGUUACAGAAUGCACUAAUCGAGAAUUUUGAAGGCUCUAAGAUAAUGUAGGAAUGGAGAAUAGAAAAUCAUGUCAAUUCCUUUUCCAUCUGCAGAGCAGUGACUGUUGCAUUGCUUGUUAUUAUCGUUACUCUGUGUGAGUGUAUGUGUCUUGAAGCAGUGGAAAGGAGUGAUUAGACUAAACGUUUUUGUUCUUUCUGAUCCACGAGGUCACUCAGACUUGACAUACUGAACGUCUCAAGAUUUCCCACUAAAACUGAAUUAACGUCACGUUUGACAAAACUCUCCACUACCUGUACAAAUCAAGUCUUAUGAUGAUCCGUAUAUCAUGUCCUCCUCAAGCAGCCUAAAUAUUCUUUAGUACAAUUAAAGCCUACUUUGAGCUCCA